AUGGCGGAGUCGCGUGAGUUACUUCAAACAGGAAGAGCCGCGCUCGCGAUCUUCGUUACAAUCAUGGCGUUUCAAGUGACCCACGUGGCGGCUGUUGCGAAUGUGACUCUAACGAGCAUUACGCUGCACAAGCACAUCAACUGGGUGUUCCUCCCCCAGGUCUUCCUCCUUUGCGCGGAUGGCAAUCGCUCCGACCUGCCCUUCUCGCCGCCAAUCAACGUGCAAGUCAACCUCACGGGGAAGGAGGACUGGCAGCCACUCUUCCAAAUGGACAGUGGCGGGUGCAAGUCGUGCGGCAUGUACGAGAAGGGGUGGAUAGCAGACAGCCCCUACCUGCUCUUCCCGCUCUGCGAGUCCAACUUCUCAGCCCCCAAGGGCCACUCGCCCGCCCCCGGUGCUGCGGGCUUUGGAGAGCUGCUGCUGGCCGAUCCAAAAGGGACUCUGGAGUUUGUGCUCUCGUGCCCUGCGUGUGUGAGGGACCUGGAGAUGAGCACAGGCGAUGCUCCCUCAGUGCCUGUACCACAAGGCUUGGGGGUGGUGGUCUGGGUGAUUGCGGGUGUGGCAGUAAUGGUUCGCAUCCAAACCACUCCGCAUCGACGGUUGCGCAUCGCUCGCAUCGCUUCUCGUUGGCAUAAACGGUGUCUAACCGUCCUGCGCAUCGCUCGCGUCGCUUCCCGUCGUCGCCACUCCACCAUCUCAUUUUCCGCAUCUUCGCAUCCACCUCUCCGCAUUCGACGCUCCCGUGCCCUCGUUAUAGUCACACCUGUCAUGCUCCACGCCAUGGCAGCUCCCCAAACCAUUUUCCGUCUCGCUUUCUCCCGCGCAUCGCCCGGAUCUGCCUCCGAAAUUGCCGGAACCGCGUUCCGAUGCUUCGCCGCGAAGGCCGGAGGCGAGAAAUCAUCAUCAGCGGGAAAGGCGGGAGGCGAGAAGCCCAAGGCGACGCGAAAACCGAAGGAUGAUAGUCCUAAGCGACCGAUGUCGGCGUAUAUAGUCUUCGCGACUCAUGAGCGACCUAAAGUGAUUCGCGAGAAGCCCGACAUAGCCUUCGCCGAUGUCGGCAGGGUCAUUGGCGAACGGUGGCGAAACCUCGCAGCUGGUGACAAGUUGAAGUACGAGCAACUGUCGCAGAAGGACAAGGUGCGCUAUGCUGCUGAACUGGAGGCCUACAACAAGGCUAAGGCUGCAGAGAAAUAG